AAAAAAAAUCCAACCCUUUUCUCCUUGAUGAAACGAACACCAUGACGGUCCCUGCCACGGUGAGCCUCACGGAUCCCUUCGAGGUGGAUACCCUCCUCGAGAUCCGGACCUCGGCCAUGAAGAAGAUGGCUGGCCUGAACGUUCAGUCGGGCAUCGAUAAGAAGCUCUGCCCCGGGCCCAUGAAGGUGGGCAAGCUGGGCCUCGAGGGGGACGAGCACGACCCGACCUUUCACGGCGGGCCCGACAAGGCGAUUCUGGGGUACUGCUCAUCGCACUACGCCGGCUGGCAGCGGUCAUACCCCGAGCGGAGGGACCGCUUCGUGCCCGGCGGCUUCGGCGAGAACUUUGUGACGGCGCGGAUGAACGAGCGCAACGUCUGCAUCGGCGACGUCGUGUCCGUCGGGCCCGAGCUCGUGCUGCAGGUCUCGCUCCCGCGGCAGCCCUGCUUCAAGCUCAACCACCGCUUCUCGCUCAAGAACUUUGCGCCCCUCACGUACCAGACGAGCCGCACGGGGUGGUACUACCGCGUCGUCCGCGAGGGCGUCGUCCGCGCCGGCGACCAGAUCCGCCUCGUCGAGCGCCCCUGGCCCCAGUGGACCGUCGAGCGCGUCCAGGAGUACCUGCACCGCGUCACCGACGACCUCGACAUGAACCGCCAGCUCGCCGCCGUCGACGCCCUGGGCGAGGAGAGCCGCGGGCAGUUCCGCAAGAGGGUCGCAAAGGCCAUGCGGAAGGCGGCCCGGGCUGCUGCUGCCGCCGCCGGUGAGGACGACGACACGUGGAGGGAUUUCAGGAUCACGGCCCGCAGCAUGGAGACGUCCAGGGUCGUGUCGCUGAUGCUCGAGGCCGUCGUCCCGGAUCCCGACCCGGAGCUCCUGCCGCUGCCCGGGUCGCACGCGCGGAUCAAGCUGCCCAACGGCCUCGUCCGCUCCUACUCGCUCGUCGCCGGCGGGGACAGCCUCUCCAAAGUCUCGGACAGGUUCGAGCUGGGCGUCGCGCUCGACGCCCACAGCCGCGGCGGCUCGCGCUACCUCCACGAGAAGGCACGGGUCGGCGACGUGGUCCAGGUCGGGCGCAUCACCGCGGGCAUGGGCUUCGCCAAGGCCGCGAGCAACCACUGCUUCGUCGCCGGCGGCAUCGGCAUCACGGCCUUCCUGGCGCUCAUACGGCGCGUGGACAAGAUCCACCUCAACUACAAGCUGCACUACGCUGUGCGCUCCGCCGACGAGAUGCCCUACCGCGACCGCCUGGAGCCCUACCGCCACAACAUCGUCAUCUACGACAAGUCCAGGGGCGAGAGGAUGGACGUCGCGCAGAUCGUCAAGGGCCUGAUGUGGAACAGCCACCUGUACGUCUGCGGGCCCAACCGCAUGAUGGAGGCCGCAAAGGCCGCGGUGGAAGAGGCGGGCAUCUCCCCGGGCGAGGUCCACUACGAGGCGUUUGCCGCCGACAUCUCGGGCGACCCGUUCGAGGUGGAAGUGACGGGCAGCAAGAAGAGCCAGGUCCUCGCGGUCGGAGAGGACGAGAGCCUCCUCGAAGUCCUGAGGCGGGAGAUGCCCGACUUCCCCUCGAGCUGCGAGGUGGGCAACUGCGGUACCUGCAAAAUCACGGUGAGGAGCGGACGCGUGGAUCACAGGGGCUCCGCGUUGCUGCCCGAGGAGCAGGAGACGUCUAUGCUGGCGUGCGUCAGCCGUGGCAUCGGCAGGAUAGCCAUCGAGGUCUGAAUUCCAAUGUGAC